GUACGCGCAUUGAAUACACGACAUUCGACCGCGUCUUACCGCGCACGUUUCUUAUACACGAAUGAUGCGAAUCACGCCGGCCGAUGCUUCGCUCAAACUUGUUCCAACUGUUGAAGUCACUCCGGCGAUCUCAGGAACUACUCUGAGCGUUCUCAGGCUGAAUUUUUACGGCAGCAAAAUGCUACCGCAGCGCCACGCUGUGGCAGCGCCGUGAGUUAUCACUUGGUUCAUCAGUGCGAUCAUGUUAGGUACGGACGCCAAUAGUAGUAUGAAUGCAGGGAGAAUACCGGGGAUACCCAACAGGCUUGAAAUUAAUGAUAUUUGUAAAUACCAAAAUUGGAAAAUGGUGUUACGGUGCAACGUCAAAGGAUGCCGAAGCAUGUCAAGCACCGAUAAAGAACAUUCCUUCUUUCGAUUACCGAAGGAUCCCGAAACGCGUGAAAAAUGGUUGAAAUUCCUUGGACCAAAGAAUUGCUAUGGUAGCAUUCGAAUCUGUACAGACCAUUUUGACAAUAACCAGAUUAGAAAGAAAUUUCCAAGGCCUUUGUUAGUCCAAAACGCUGUACCAACCAUUAAACCAAACGAAAAAUCGCCCGAAAAAUCACAUAGUCAGAAAUCUGUUGAAGGUAAACAUACAGAGUCGCAUUUGCCAGAAACUGCAAAACAGAACAGAGUAUCACCCCCACGAACACAGAUGGACUUCCGAAUUACAGAUAAUCAUACAGCAACGCAUUUGCCAGAAGAAGCAGAACAGAACAGAGUAUCACCCCCACGAACACAGAUGGAAUUCCGAAUUACAGAUAAUCAUACAGAAUCGCAUUUUCCGGAAACAACAGAACAGAACAGAGUAGCACCCCCACGGACGCAGAUGGAAUUCCGAAUUACAGAUAAUCAUACAGAGUCGCAUUUGUCAGAAACAACAGAACAGGGCAAAGUAUCACCCUCACGAACACAAAUAAUCAAUAUUCACGCCAAUAACAUAGGUCAGAUAAUAAUCUCCGAUGAAAACAGGAAAAUAAUUGUAAAUAUUAUCAAUGAUCCAAAAAACCCAAUAGUUACAUAUUAGAACAUAUGUAAAUAAAAUCGAACCUUAGCUACAAAGCAAGCGUUUGAUUAUGCUAGUGAUAUCACUCCAAAUAAUUAUACAUGAAUUUCGAUAGAACAUGUUUGAUCAUAUGUGUCUUAAUUUUAUAAGUUUAUAUUAUUCAACUGUGCAUAGUUAUUAAGAAAAUUGUAUUCACGGUGAAAAAUGUAUUUAUAUUUGAUCGAAGAUGAUAUUCUGGAUGUUGCCGCUGUUUCUGCAUUAUCUACAGUGGCUGUUCGUGCAUCUGCACUUUGUUUCAGUAUUGCAACAGAGGAUGAACAACCACUCUUGUGUAAUGCUUCAAUUAGCGACAACAGACCAUCAUAUAUUAGUGACACGGCACCACCACUUGACAAGAUGCCAAUUAAAUAUAAUAGUACACCUAGUCGUAAGAAUAUCAAAAGACAGAUAAUGACAACACUAGAGACAAUGCGCCUCAAUGCUCAAAGAAGAAUGAUAACUGCAUUGUUUAACAGAAUUCACAGACUAAAACUAGGUACAACAAAAUAAAACCAGAUCUAAAAAAAAAAGGAAAAAAUCAUCUAGGCUCAUAUGUUGUUAGCAACGCAGCUACAUUAAGCUAAGAGUAGCAAGUAUCACAAUUGAUACGACAAAACAUUCAAUAAUAUUGUGUUCUCAAUUAUUUAUCACUUCAAAGGUUUGUAGGUUUCUCCGAAAAAUGUUCACUCUACCUUCCAUAAAGGUAAUAUGCAAAUAUCAAUGACAAUUUUCAGCUUAUCCGGUUGGAUCUCUUCUUUUCAACAAAAUUCUCUUGACGUCAGAAGUAUUUAAGAUGAAAACAUUGAUAAAUUCAUUGAAGUAGACGAUGAUUGUAAUAAUCGUACGUUAAAUACAGCAAAAACUUCCUUAGAUUGUAUGAUUACAUUUAUGAAUAUAAAUGUAAAAGAGGUUGUUGGGUACUGGUUUUUACGUACUAAAGGUAUUUCUAACAAAACCUCUGAUAUGUUGGAUGCAGUCCUGAAGUUAAUAGCACUGAUAGUGAAAGCCAUAAUUUUUUUAUCAAGGUCUUAAAUAUUGUAGAUUUAAAAAAAAAAGUAAAUAGUCGCAGAUUAAUCAUUUAUUUACAUCGAAUGGUCACAACGUCUGCAUCAUAUUUGAUCCACUGCACCUUUUUAAGUAAAUGAGACACAAUUAAAAAGAAUACCUAUUACAGUACAAAGGGGGAAUGGUUCAUUGAAGUUGGCUAAAGAAAUAUACGAAGCAGUGGGCAAACCAACU